AUGACAUUUUCUCUAUAUACUUCAGCCUGCAUCUAUCAACCUGUACCUAGCAAUUGUACCACAUAUACCCACUGCAGUGAUGGCCGGAAGGUAGUAGAAUGUGAUUACACAUAUUCAAAUAAUAAAUAUAUAGAUCAUAGAUUACUGGAACGUAUAUCAGAAGUCCCGAACCAGAAUGACUGUGAUCAAGAAUGUAAUGAUAAUACCCAGUGUACCGCUGCAUUACAAGCACAAAAUAAUUGUUACCUAUAUGGAGCACCAAUCAUUUCAUUAUCUCAAAAUACAGAUCUGACCCAAUGUGAAGAAAGUUGCAACCAGAUGAACGAAUGCAUAACGUUGAGUUUCCAUGGAGACGUUAAUCGAUGUUAUAUUUUUAACGUUACCGUGGCCAACUUACCAAGUAAUUUCCAUGUAAAUGAGGCUGAUGGGGAUACCAUAGCCGAAAAAGUGUUUAAUUAA